UUGUUGGAGCAAAGGUUUUUUUAAUUACAUUCGAUCGAAGUGUUGGAAUAUUAUCGAAUUGAACAAGAAAGAGAAAAUGCAUUUUUAAGGUUUUUAAGUUUUCGUACGAUCGACGACAUUGAAAAGAAUCUUUUAUCUUUUCGUUUCAAUUUAUUCGACGUAUCGUCGCACGAGAACGUUGAUCGAAGAUUAAGAGAAAAUUGUAGGUUAGAGUGUCGUGCACGAACAAUUUCACAAUAUUGAAUAAGAUGAUCAAUCGAUUUAUAUAUUUGUAAAAUUCAUUCAUAAAUCUCCAGCUCGUUUCAAUCUUAUUUCCGUUUUACGAACUGGAUAAACUUGUAAAAAUUUUGUUGUUGAUAAUAUCACCUCGAUGAGAUCGUGGGCGAAGUAACGAAAAGUAAAACGCGUUAUCUUAUCGAUCCUGAAAUUAAUCGAACGAACCGAUCGUUAAAAAUGUGAAAUCUUUCUCGUCUCAUAUUUCGAAACAAAUAAAUGCUCGAUUUCUUGAAGCGAUAAUAAUUCAACGCGAAACACCACCUCUUCUUCCUCACUGGUGUCAAUAAAAAGAAACAAAAACAAAAAAAGGACGGAGGAGAAAAAAUUCACCACCCAUUUCCCCCAAUCAAUAUUACCAAUCAACAAUUAUCUCUAACUAACUAAAACUAACAAUUUGGAAAAUCCUUAAGGAAACAUCGUCGAGACAUUUCCCGUGUCGAUACUUGGAUCCGAAUCUGGGGAAAAGAAGAAAGGAAAAGAAAGAAAGAAAAACGCGACGAAACGCGCGUGUCGAAGGUUAAAUUUAAAGAACUAAUAGAGGGAAGGAUUACGCCAUUGGCCAGCAACGUUUCCAAAGUUGCCCGUUUGGCGGCGAUAUGGGCGAACCGAUUCGGGAUCGUGGGCAACGAUUCCUCGUUAGCGAUCGAUGCGAAUCAGGCUGCGAGACGACGUCCACGUGUGGAAAGUGGCUCGGUUUCGAAGGUGACACGCUCGGAUGCUGAGAAAUGUCCCAGAAUAACCUGCUUCAAGGAUACAACUGGGAGACCCAGUACGAGGAUUCGCAGGUGCAAUUCACUCGUCCUAUCCCGGAUGAAGUCAUCAGCGUUUAUGAAGUUUACGUGAAAGAGGAAACUGCAGGUUCUGAAGGGAGGAACGAUGUCACCGUCGUACCGAGUUUGCCGUCCACAAAUGAUCAUCAAUUAAUUCAGGGUGAUUGCAUGAACCUAAAUGUGGCUAUAGAUUCUGAAGUAAUUAACAUUGACGGUGCUGUGACAAAGUUUCUCGGGAAAGAUGCUUUCAAAUAUAAAAUUCUCGAUCAAAAUGUUAAUUCGUCCAACGACAACGUUAUGGUGUACUCGCAUCCAGUUGUCGAAGGACCUUCAUCGUCUUCCACUCGACUGAUCGAUAAAGAUGAUCCAAGAUCGAAACUUCAUUUCGUGAAAUAUUUGAAGCGAGAUGGAAAGACGUUGAAAAUCUGGGAAUGCGGAAUUUGUUCGAAGGAGUUCCGGCAUCAGUACACGUUGAUGAGGCAUUUGCCAACGCACACCGACGAGAGAAACUUUAAAUGCGAGGCUUGCGGCAAAGCUUUCCGGCAGUUGUCGACUCUGAGCCAGCACAAGGCGAUACACAGCGACGCCAGGCCAUACGUUUGUGAAUUUUGUAAGAAAACUUUCAACAGGUACUACCAAAAUCAUUCUACGAUACGAAACUUUCUUUCUCCCUUUUGUAACCGGCAACAGUUAAAUACCGUUCCGUUGUCAGGCAAUUUGAGGAACCACGUGUUUACCCAUACGAACGAGAGGCCGUACAAAUGCGAGCUUUGUGGCAAAGGGUUCAAUCAAAUGUCGAAUUUGGUCUGCCACAAGGUCAAAGCUCAUGCACACGCGGAGAAAAUGCAGCACGUGUGCGGAAUCUGCGGCAAAGAGUUCCCGCGCCGAUUCUCUUUGAGAUCGCACGAGGAGUACAAGCAUGGGAUAAAGUAUCGACAUCCGGCCGGUGUGCAGACCGGAAUCAACGAUCCGAACGUCAUAAGAAACAAGAACGUGAGGAUCGUGCAACUGCCCAACGGAGAUCGAAAUCAAACUAUCGAAGUCAGGGACAAGGAUCCUUUGAUGUGUUCAGAUGUGAUGGAGUCGGUGGUGAUAGACAAAAUCGACACGAAGGCGAUGGAAAUGGCAUUGAUCGAGGGACAAACGCCAUUCGCGUUGUUCAAACCAGCCAAAGGAAUCCCUGUCCUGGUGAAAGUCUCUCCAACUGGGACUCAUAAAAAUAUAUUGACACCUGCCACUGCUGAAGAUUUACGCAUGGCGGGCAAGAUGAGCCUAAGCCCGACGAUUACCGCUGAUCCUGACAGGAUUAAAGCGGUACAAGUGAAGGUACCAGUGGUAGCCACGGUUAUCCAGAGCAUUGACUCUGAUGGAAAAAUGAAUUUCAUCGUCGAACCCCCUGGCCCCGAGAACGAACACGAGAGCUUGGUCACGGCAUUGGAUUCUCAGUUCACGUACACCGAGCCGGCCAGAAACGAGCCAGAUCGCCAGAAUGGCCCUGUUGUGUCCUCGGCGAUGGAGGAUUGCAACGAGCUGCUGGAACUGGCCGCCCAGGGUGGAAUACAGUUCGUGCGCGCGACAGAGGACGGUCGUUACGAGGUGAUGACGAACAGCGAGGCUCGCGAUCUGAUGGCACAGAAUUCACACGACGUGACCAUUCUUGAGGGUGAGGAAGCGGAUGCGAUCAAUGUUGUGAAUAUGCGCGGCAACGGGGAAGUUAUUAUCGGGGAUUCCGAUAAUCAGAUCAUGGUACUCGAUUCCGCAUCGACGCAGAAAUCCAUGCCGAUGGACGGCAUUGAGAUCCUGGAGGACAAGGAUAUCCGGAUAUUGGACAGCAAAAGCCUCGACGACCGUUUCGUGGAUGGUAUUAGCUUCCUCUCCCAAUCGAAGAUCGACGAUCUGAUUUUGGGCCCGAAACCUUUGUCCAUCGAUGGUGGUGUAACUGUCAACGACCACGAGGACGAGGCCAUAGGAGUGCCUUCGAGUCAACAAGAGUUGACGAACAUCCUCAGCCACAGAAGCGAUAUUUCCACGCUGUCGACCACAUCUCAGCCCUCGAUAUCGUCCCUGUUAAUGAAAAAUCAUCCACCCUUGUCGAUUUUGAACGAUACGCUUCCGUAUCUGAAAAGCAACACCAGCUUAGCCGAAGAUCUCAAUAUUCUAGGUAGUUCGACGAUGGACGAUCAUCAUUCCGUGUACGAGUCCAAGAUAAAAUUACCUUCCGUUUUUGACGAUCCUGAACCAGAUACUGGCCUCAUACCCAUCAAUCAAUCGGAUAUGAAGAUACUCGGAUCGGGAACUUCGAAUAAAGUCCUUGGCAGCAAGACAAAUUGUCUACCGCCAUCGAAAUUGUUCCCCGGCCUGAACGAGGUGAAGAUCCUGGGUCCGAAGAACCACAGCCAAGAGAUCAUGACUUCGCAGUAUCAGGAUAUAAAGUUACUCAGCCCUUACGAACAGUUUUUGAAGAACACCGCCUCGAACACGAACGGGUGCGACAGCGGUGGAGUGAACACUUCCGGCGGGUGUAGGAAGGAGGUGAAGAUCCUGGGUAAGAAGUUGGGAACUGGCAUUAUCACCAGCACCGAGGAGGGCAACGUUGUGGAAGUCAUCGAGGAGAAAACUAAGCUCAUGAUGGACGGUCCAGGUCUUUGCAAUCCCACCGACAACACGGUGAUCUCAUCUCCGCGUCUGGACAGGCAGAUCACGGAGAAUGGCGGGCCAGACAGCUUCUUGCUUCAAGCAUGUAGCCCGUGCGACUCAGAUUUCCUGAAUUUCGAGAACCGUUUGAAGGACACGUCGCCGGCCGGCCAUUUUGAGCGAACCCAGAAGGAUUCGAGGGACAGUUUCAGCUCUACCACCGGUCUUCCCGAUCUCGAUUGAACGAAGAAAUCGGUGAACGGCCCACUCUGUUCACUCUUCUCCUUGGCUCUCCUCCGUUGAAACUGUCCAAGCUCGACGAGUGGAAAGGAAAAAAG